AUGUUUCUGACUGUUUCCGACCAAUCGAGUACUGCUCUUCAUAUUCUUUUACAUGCCAAUAUUACUUAUACAAUAUUGUGGUUUAUUCUUGAAAUUCUUCUUUUUAUUUUUAAAUAUUAUCAUUUACCAUAUAGUUCUAAUGCAUUUGGUCUUGAAAUUUCUUUAGUAUUUAUGCUUUGUUUAAAUGAAUUUCUUCGUCAUUUUUUUGGUAUUAAAGGCAAUUUAAUGUUAAGACCUGCUCUUUUAAUUAUUUUUAUUUUAUAUGGACUUUUUUGUGCAGUUGGCUUUGUCUUUUUUCUUAUAUUGCAAUCAUAUGUUCAACGUAUAGAAAUUCUACUUUCAGCAAUAGGUUUAACAUUAAUUUUAAUUGAAAUUUUACUUAGUAUUAUUACACUUAUUCGUAAUAGUCGAGCAAUGCCUGUAUUAACUAAAGAACAAAAACUUGCACGAUUAAAUCAAGCACAAAAACGAUUUCAAGCAUCGAUAAAAAAUGAAUAA